UCCCAAGAUUAAAAAUUAUUAAAACAAUGAUAAUAAUCCAAGAGGCAGUGACUGGAUUCAAGCUGGUUUUUAUGGAUUCCCAUAAUGCUCCUUUCAUGCCCAUUUUCCCAUCCUUUUCUUCAUUAUUCUAUUAUUUCUUCACAUGCUUCUCUCACUCUCUCUCUGUCUAAAUCACUUUCACUUCUUUACUCCAACGAUUCCUAUUUAGAGUACCCUCCUUUAUUCCUUCCCAUUCCAAUUGCAAGAGAUCUCAAUUGGGUUGCCUUCACGCCAUGGAGAAGUAUCAAGUUGUUAAGGAUUUGGGUUCUGGGAAUUUCGGGGUUGCCCGGCUUAUGCGAAACAAGGAGACAAAAGAGCUUGUAGCAAUGAAAUAUAUUGAACGGGGCCGUAAAAUUGAUGAGAAUGUAGCUAGAGAAAUUAUAAAUCACAGAUCACUUCGGCACCCCAAUAUUAUCCGGUUCAAAGAGGUGGUUUUGACUCCUACGCAUUUGGCAAUUGUGAUGGAGUAUGCAGCUGGUGGAGAGCUCUUUGAACGAAUAUGUAAUGCUGGCAGAUUCAGUGAAGAUGAGGCUAGAUAUUUCUUUCAGCAGCUCAUUUCAGGUGUCCAUUUUUGCCAUUCAAUGCAAAUAUGCCAUAGAGAUCUGAAACUGGAAAAUACCCUGCUGGACGGGAGUGCUGCACCGCGUUUGAAAAUCUGUGAUUUCGGUUACUCUAAGUCAUCUCUGUUGCAUUCAAGGCCCAAAUCCACUGUUGGAACUCCGGCGUAUAUUGCACCGGAAGUUCUUUCUCGUCGAGAAUAUGAUGGCAAAUUGGCGGAUGUAUGGUCUUGUGGAGUCACUCUUUAUGUUAUGCUAGUGGGUGCAUACCCUUUUGAGGACCAAGAGGACCCCAAGAAUUUCAGGAAAACAAUUCAGCGAAUAAUGGCUGUUCAGUACAAAAUUCCAGACUAUGUGCACAUAUCUCAAGAUUGCAGACACCUACUCUCUCGCAUAUUUGUUGCAAAUCCAGCAAGGAGAAUUACAAUCAAAGAAAUUAAGAGCCACCCAUGGUUCUUAAAGAACCUGCCUAGGGAACUAAUGGAUUCAGCCCAAGCAAGUUAUUUCCAGAGAGAAAACUCAACUUCUUCUCUACAAAGUGUUGAUGAGAUUAUGAAAAUCGUUGGGGAGGCAAGAAACCCUCCACCAUCGUCUAGGCCAGUCAAGAACUUUGGAUGGGGAGCUGAAGAAGGGGAGGAAGACAUUGAUGAAGAAGUGGAGGAAGAGUAUGAAGAAGAUGAAUAUGACAAGAGGGUGAAGGAGGUUCAUGCAAGUGGUGAGUUUCAUAUUAGUUAAAAAGAGGAGUAUAACUUUUGUCUAGGUAUUAUUAAUAAUAAUUGUAAUUUUGUGACUUUAGUAACGCCUAUUUGUGUGUAUAAUAAUAGCUAAUAAUUGUUGUUCCAUGCCCACCCAAAGUUAUGCUAUUCUAGACAACUUUAGAUUUUAAAUUUUCUUUUUGUUGUUAAACAAAUACAUGGACUGAAAAUGUAAGAGAUAUGUGGAUUACUAAAAGAGAUGAAGAUAAGGAAACUUGUUUCAA